AUGUCAUCUGCGAACAGCCCAAUGGAAGAGCUGAUCAAGCGAAUAACAAGAAUGUUCUAUGAGCCGCACCACGUGGUCAUAAUGGACAUAAUGCUGAACCACAUGGUACUCUCUGAAGACGACCUGGCAGACAAGAUGAAGCUUCUUCCAAGGGAGUUUAACCGGCUGGCAGUAAAACUGAAGGACGACAAGAUCCUCUCCUCUGUCACCACAAACGAUAUAAAGCCAGAUGGCAUGCAGACAACAAAGACUACAUUCUCUUUAAACUUUGCACAGAUCAUUAAUAUUGUGAAGUACAAGAUAUUUGUCAUGACAAAACAGCUUGAGACUAAAAUGCGUGAUAAAGAAACAAAAAUCAUGUAUCACUGCGAGAAGUGCGACAUAUCCCACUCUCUUCUGGACGUGCAGUCUCUUCUGGACAGCACCACAUUUACAUUCAGGUGCAGCGACUGUGGAAGCGAGCUGAAAGAGAAGAAGGAAAGUUCUGAAAAUGAGAAGACGCUUGCUUCAGAUAUAUUCAAAAAGCUAAUGGAAGAAGUAAAUUGCAUUAUUAUUCUGCUAAAGGAAAUAGAAAGCCUUGGAAUAGAAUCUGCGCCAAGAAAGUCCUCUGCUAUGCAAGAGGAUGCAGACGCGCCCGAAGAGCAGGGCAGAGAGUACUCCACUAAUAAAUUACUAUUUGCAGAGGAGGAGACUGAAGAAAAAAUAAGCAUACCAGAAAUAGAAAUUGAAAGCGAAAAAGAAGCAGCAGUUAUUUCAAAUGAGAAGGAAGAAGGAGCAAAUGACCCAACUAGCAAGAAUUCUGAAAUAGGCAUGGAAACAGUUGAGGUAGAAGGAGUGCCUAAGCUGUACAAAGACAUAACAGAAGAAGACAAGGAGAGAAUGAGUGAAAGUGAGUACGAAAGGUACUUUGAGAUAUACGAAAAGAAUAAUUAGACUUAAAUCUACAAAUGUUCGUGCAGUAUUUC